AAUGUCAAGAAUCAAGAUGUCAAGCGAUAGUUAACUUACUUUUCAAAAUCCAAUACAGAAAUUCAAAUCAAUAAUCAAUUUUGUUUUGAGAAUUUUACCGUACUAAUGUGAUUUUCGUUAUUUGUACAUCACAGCCCGCUUCAUAAAUCCACUAUUACUUUUUUACGAUUUAAAAAAUGAUCAAAAUACACCAUUGCGGAAUGAGACAAAUGGAAGAAAAACAUGUUGCAAACCAAGUAGACCUUAUGGUUUGGAAUAAUCGUCUUGAUUUGUUAGCUCUUAGCAAUUUUAAAGGUGAAGUUCAGGUUCACAGACUACACUGGCAAAAAGUUUGGAAUUUACCACCACCUAAAGAAAAUGUUACAGUUGAUGCUAUGGCAUGGAGACCUGAUGGAAAGGCAUUAGCAAUAGGAUACAGUCAUGGCACAGUAUGCAUUGUGGAUAUUGAAGAUAAAGAAAUCAUUGAUAAAUAUGAUUUUUCCUAUGAGACAUCAGAAGAAUUUUAUACAGCUAAAAAUUAUGGAAUACCAUGCAUAACAUGGGCUGUUAAGGCUGGUACAUUAGAAAGUGCAGUUGAAUAUAAUCUAUAUGACGAUCCUGCAAUAUUUCUCCCAAAGCCGCCUUCUCCUAGCAACACAUAUAAAAAUCAAGUAACUGAAGACAUUUCAAAAAACUUUAAAGAAAACCAAGAUCAAACACAGCUAAGCAUGUUAAUGAUUGCUUAUGGCUCAGGAAAUAUUUAUAUGAGUGUCUUUGGAAGAUAUCCCUAUGGAACAGUGCAUCUGUCUCAGAUAACAAAAGAUGAUUGUGGGGAAUAUAAAAUACUUGACAUCAAUUUGUCUGAUGAUUUUAGCGUGAUGCAAGUACUAUAUUCAGAUACCAAUAACAAUAUUCAUCUGUCGCUUGUAAAUACAAGCAUUUUAUCAGCUUAUGCUGAAGAAUUGUUUGUGGUUGCAACAAGACACAGUCAAAUAGUAAAUAUGGUGACAAACUUAGAUAAAACUAUGAUUUCAAUAACUGAAGCUUGGGAACACAUUUUGUUAGAAAUGGACACCAAAAUGGCAUAUUAUGCAUCAUCAGUUCCAGAUGGUGGAGUUUCCGCAGACUUGUUAGAACUACUUAUGUUAGGAGUCCCGUCUGAUGAAUUAGAAGUGUUCUUGCUAAAUGAGCUUACAGCUAAAGGUUUGAAGAAGUUUGGCAAUUCAGUUGAGCUAAGUUAUUCCACCAUUCAGAAGUUGGUUUUGAAGCAGUUAAAUAUUGUAGGACAAAGUCUUACAUAUUACUUGGCGGAAUUGAGAGGCUUAACAAGAAUACCAGACAGAUAUAAGGUUUUAGGAUUAGAAGAAAAACUAGUAACUGAAGCAAUAAAAGCUAGCUGCGCUUUUUUAAACAAAUGUCUUGAAUUGCAACAGGUGAUUGAUGUGUCUAUGCGAAAUUAUAAAGCAUUCUUCAGAUGGCUGUUUCUAGUGAUAGUCCGUUUGUUAGAUGAACAAACAUCAAGUGAUUUUGUCAAGAUUACACAACAAGAACUUACACAUAUUGCUGACUUUUUAUAUAAUUUUGACAAUGUUCAGGUUGAUAAUAAUGAUACAGCAGAAAAACCAGUGAAAUUUAAUUUAGAACGGCUCGGUCAGUAUUUGCAGGAUCAGGAACUGACAAUAUUACCUGAUGAUGAAGACAACCCUUGGCACAAGUAUCUCAGGGAGAACUCCUGUUUGCUAAAAGAUAAUGACACAAUAUUUUCUAUGAUGGACUUCAGGAGAUUCUCACUUGUGCAACAGCAGAAUUAUUUAAAACUUGCAGUGGGAAAAAUAUUUGAUGUGAGAACAAAAGAUGUAGGCAAAUAUUUUACUGUAUUGUACAACCUAAAAUGUCAUCAAAAUGUGAAUAAAAUUGCUAGAAACAACUUCAGAAUCUCACAGAUAUUUGAUGCCAGUGAAGAUAGAUUCAUGAUGGCUUUCACAGACACAGAAAUUAUAAAAGAAGAAAUAUAUUUUGUAUCUGUUAAUGUGAAAGAAAGACUGUGCAAUGCUACUUGCUGUAAAUAUUCUUUCUCUUCGUGUUUGUUAUGCGAUGAUGAUGAAACACCGGAAAGAAAUUUAUAUAUUUUAGACUUACAAUUUUAUUCCUCAGAAUAUUUAUCUGUGCUCGUCAAACAUCCCAGUGUUGAUGAUAGCACAAUAUUUAUUCAAGUACCACUUAAAAUCGUUUUGGAAAAUUCAAUAGAGUUCAACAUGAAAUCAAAAUCAUUACUAGUAUUUAAUGAAAAAGUUCCCAAGAAAAAUAUAUCUCCUUUAUUAGAUUCAAGUGUUUACAAAGUUCUGGAGAAGAUGGAUGGCUUCAGAAUUGCAGUAUCAGGUAGCAGAAAAGUAGCUGUUGUUUUGUCAAAUAGCAACAGAAAAGUAAGAGUUUUUGAAAUGGAAAUUAAUGAAGAUGAAGAAGAUGAAACUUUGGACACAACACCACUUUCACAAACCAGUCGAACAUGAGACCAGUUUAAUACGCAUCAAAAUACAGAAGUGUCUCUUAGACUAAAAGUUAGUACUUAUUGAAUCACUUUUAUUUUGUUUUUGGAUAAGAAUUUCAAAAUAUUAAAAUACAAUGCAUCGCUGAGUUAAAAAUUAUGUACAAAUAGCAUUCAAAAUAAUAUUGCAACUAAUUUAAACUUACUGCUAAACUAUUAUUUACAAUACAAUGUUCAAUAAAAAGUCAGAAUAUGGUACUAACUC